UCAUGGAAAAAAAAUCUGCUGACAGCUUCGCGGUUCAAAAGUGCUAUCAAAAAUGUAAAAGUUUUUUUUUAUAAAGAUUACUGAAUUCAGGAAAAUAUAAAGUGUACACACUGAAUCAUCUUGCAUUUUUGAUUGUAUUCACUAAAUUGUAGAAGUAAUCUAAACAUAGCAAUGGGAAUUGUGAUAUCAAAAUUACGAAAAAAGGAAUCUUCCUACCAACAGCUAGAGAAGCUGGAAAAGAAAAUAUCUGAGAUUGAAAAUUAUUCGAUUGAAACGCAAAAACGACAAAAAAGAUUAGUGGGAAAUUUUAUUGUGGGUUCCUUUGGCAUUUUCAUAGUUUGUUUUGGUGUAUUUUACUUCUUUUUCUUCCCUGAAACAUGGACAGAGAGAAUUUUGUACAGUUGGCCUCUUCUCUGCUUUCCCAUUGUUAUCUUCACAGUACGGUGGAUGCUCAAUUGGUACUAUGACAGAAAGCUGAACAAAAAGUCCGAUGAACUCUAUUCAUUACGCGACAAGAAGAGACAAACACUCGAAAUGGUCAUGAAUAAUGAACCGUACAAAGCGGCUUUACAAAUUCUGGAUAGAUUCAGUGAAAAACACGCAACGCCUUCAUAUUCAAAGAGUCCCGUUUCUACACCUGUUGCAAUCCCCAAAACAGCAGAAAAACGCAUGGUUCUGCAAUCAGAAACCCCGCAUAUUCGCAAUGUAAACUACGUAAGUCCUUAUCGGCCACAAACAACGAUCCAGAACACGACUCCAACGCGAUCGUCUAAACUACCGGCUACUCCGGCAACUCCAGCGUUAACUCCAGCACCCGUGGCAAGAGCAACAACACCGCGUACGAGUACAUCAGGACGACCCUUGCCCUUUCCAUUAAUUGAUUGGCGGGAAAGGAAUAUGAUGGAGCGGAUGGUGGAUUAUCUCGUUGGCGAUGGUCCAUCUUCACGCUAUGCAAUGAUUUGCAAGAACUGCUUUAAACACAAUGGAAUGGCUCUGCAAGAAGAGUUUGAAUACUCAAAUUUUGUCUGUGCUUACUGCAAUCAGAUGAAUUCUGCACGAAAACUACGCCCAUCUUUAAGUAAUUUUGAAAGAAAUGGUGGCAGUCCAGGAGUUCGGGUUAAGAAGGAAACUGCUGAGAAGACAAGUGGAUCCAAAGAUUCACAAUCAGCUCCAUCAGAAUCUGAAUCUGAAGAUGAUCACCCAGCUGCGACAGAUGAAAGUGAUUUAGAAGGUGAAAGAAACAUUAAAAAAGAUGACAUAGACAAUGAAAGUGGACCAAACAACCAAGAUGAGCAUGAAAAUGAUUUUCAAACGAAGAAAAUGAACUGAAAGACAACACGAACGGAUAAUAUAUAUACAUUCAAGAUCAGUUACUUUAAAUUAUGCAAAAAUAAUAAAUUCUUUUUUGUGUUAACCCA